AUGACUUACACAAACGGAGCUUCCAACGGGACCAACGGCCAUGCGGCCAGCCCCACUCCGGCCGCAACUCGGCUGAGGAAAAUGCUCACUGAAGGCAAUGAACUGCUUGUUCUGCCGGGCGUCUAUGAUGGUUUCACUGCUAGAAUUGCGCUAGAAGUUGGCUUUGAUGGCCUCUACAUGACGGGCGCUGGAACAUGCGCUUCAAAGCUCGGCCAGCCAGACUUGGGCUUUGCCUCGCUUAAUGACAUGCGAGAGCACGCUGAAAUGAUUGCCAACCUGGAUCCCAGCGUCCCUCUCAUUGCUGACGCUGACACGGGCUACGGCGGGCCCAACAUGGUUGCUCGCACGGUGGCGCAAUACCACCGCAGUGGCGUCGCUGGUCUGCAUAUCGAGGAUCAGAUUCAGACUAAGCGCUGUGGGCACCUUGGAGGAAAGGAGGUUGUUGACGUUGAUACCUUCCAGCAGCGGAUCAGUGCGGCCGCUGCAACCAGGAAGAAGCUGAAUUCCGACAUUGUCAUCAUUGCCCGCACAGAUGCUCUACAGACUGAUGGUUUUGAAGAGGCUAUCCGUCGUCUAAAGGCUGCAGUUACCGCCGGCGCUGAUGUUGCCUUCCUAGAGGGCAUUAACAAUGAGCAAGAGGCGAGAGAGGUGUGCCGAGCGCUCGCACCGACCCCAGUUCUCCUCAACAUGGUUGAGAAUGGAGCCACACCAUCCUGGUCUGUAGCUCAGGCCAAGGAUAUGGGUUUCAGAAUCAUCAUCUAUCCUUUCGCAGCUCUUGCUCCGGCAUAUGAAGCCAUUCGUAGCACCUACAAGAGGAUAAAAGAGACUGGUGUCACUGACAUCGACCCGACUUUUACACCAAAGAAGUUGUUCACGAUAGUAGGCCUGAAAGAAGCGACAGCGGUGGAUGUUGCUGCUGGAGGACAAUUGUAUGGCAAAGUGUGA